CAAUUCCGAAAUCGCUUUCCCUUCCUUGUGUCAUUCAAUGAAAUCACAAGACAUUUCCUUCAAGAGUCUCUUUCGAAGACAACGUUGAAGCUUGAGGCAGUCAAAAUGCAGGCCUUGGGAUCAUUCGCGAUAAUUCUGUCCAUACUUUCUGUGCAUGCUACCGUUUACUUUCAAGAACAAUUCCUUGAUGGAGCAGAUGCCUGGAAGACUCGCUGGCUGGACUCCAAGCACAAGGCAGACUACGGAGAGUGGAAACUGACAGCUGGUAACUUCUAUGGAGAUGCUGAGAAGGACAAAGGUCUCCAGACCAGCCAGGACGCCCAUUUCUAUGCCGCGUCGGCCCGCUUCCAGCCCUUCAGCAACGAGGGAAAGACUCUGGUGAUCCAGUUCACUGUGAAACACGAGCAGAAAAUCGACUGUGGCGGUGGUUACGUUAAGGUGUUCCCCUCCACCCUGAACCAGGCUGAGAUGCACGGAGACUCCCAGUACUACAUCAUGUUCGGCCCUGACAUCUGUGGCUACAGCACCAAGAAGGUCCACGUCAUCUUCAACUACAAGGGCAAGAAUCAUCUCAUCAAGAAGGAAGUCAAGUGCAAGGAUGAUGAGCUGACCCACCUGUACACGCUGAUCCUGAACCCAAACCAGACCUACGAGGUGAAGAUUGAUAACGAGAAGGUGGAGUCAGGCACUCUGGAGGAGGACUGGGACUUCCUGCCAGCUAAGACCAUCAAGGACCCUGAGGCCAAGAAGCCCGAGGACUGGGACGACCGCCCCAAGAUGGACGACGCUGAAGACACCAAGCCAGAGGACUGGGAUGUGGCUGAGAACAUCCCUGACCCUGAUGCUAAGAAGCCUGACGACUGGGACGAGGACAUGGAUGGAGAGUGGGAGCCUCCUGUGAUCCCCAACCCAGAGUACAAGGGAGAGUGGAAGCCGAAGCAGAUUGACAACCCCAACUACAAAGGAGCCUGGGUCCAUCCUGAGAUCGAUAACCCAGAGUACGCCGCUGACUCUACCAUCUACAAGUUUGAUGACAUCAGUGUCCUGGGUCUGGAUCUGUGGCAGGUGAAAUCUGGCACAAUCUUUGACAACUUCCUGAUCACAGAUGAUGUGAAGGAAGCAGAGGAGUUUGGAGCUGAGACAUGGGGUGUUACUAAGGAGCCAGAGAAGAAAAUGAAACAGGAGGAAGACGACAAGAAACGUAAAGAGGAUGAAGGGAAAAACAAAGAACAAGCCACUGAGGAGGAGGGUGAGGAGGAAGGUGAAGAGGAGGGUGAGGAGGAAGGUGAAGAGGAGGGUGAGGAGGAAGAGACGCCAGAGGAAGGAACUGAGGAAGAGGAGGCUCCAGGGAAAGAUGAGCUAUAGGGUGGCCUGGACAGAGCGUCUGUCUCUGAAUCCCAAUUCAACCCCUAACCACUAUGUCCUAGUCCAUGGUGUAGAUCUGAGAGAACCAGAAGGGUGUCCACAAUUUGGCUACAAUUCCAUCUGACCUAACAGAGGAUCUGCCAAUGAUCCAAUCCUCUGAGAUCUACACAAGUGCCUAUGGGGUAGGAGCUAGGGGUUGAUUUGCGAUUUGAGGGUGUCGGUCCCACUCUGGCACAAGUAACCAGGGAGUUAUCAUGGCUGCUAUGCAUCCAUCCCCUGAGAAGCCAACGGGCCCCAUCUCAGGUUACAAGCUUUACUGAAGUGUGUGUAUCCCAAAUUGCACCCUAUCUCCUAUAUACUGCGCUGCUUUUGACCAGGGCUCCUGGUGAGUAGUGUACUAUAUAGGGGAUAGGGUGCCAUUUGGGAUGCAGAGAGUGGGUGAUAUUGGACUUCAAGUGAUUCACACAUCAGUUUGUACGUUUUUAUUUCCCCCCUAUCCAGAUAUGACAUUCAUAGCUCCUUCCAAUCCAGCAUGUCAUGGUUGAUUGGCUAAUAUGUUCAGUGUCUUUAUGUUUACCAGCAGUCCAUUACUGUUGAACUGUGUAACAUUGCUAUAUUCCCCCCCAUUGCUAUAUUCCCCCUAUCAUCUACUCUGCCAUUUCAUCCAAAUCAUCUUAACUCACCAAGACGUUCACCGCUCUACAGUUAUUCACAAAGUCACUGGUUGUCAUCGUUUGGAAAUAAAUGUGUUCUUAUACCACUGAAUGUUUUUUUUAUUUUUUUUAAGUGGGACAGAUUUCAUAACAUGCCAUCUCAUAGACCUGGAUCUUCUUGUCAUUCAAAUGAGCUCAUCGUUAUUGUACUGUAUUCUCAUUACAUCAAUUUGUUUCGCACUGAAUUUCCCUACCGUUUCCUUGAUCUUUACUGUUUGUUUCCAUGUGUGUUCAAUGAGAUUACUUGCGUGGCCAUUAAAACAAAGUUGGGUUCUUUGCGUUUUGAUGAA